AAAGUUACAAAUCACGAGUAAGCUUAAAGAAGCAUUUUGUAAGCUUAAAGAACAGCAUUAUUUUUGGUAAAGAUAGUUUGCUAAAUAAAAAACAUGAAUCUAUUUAUUUUACUUGCGAUUGUUUGUUCAAUUGCAGCUGCACCUAAGGACGACGAUUUGGAAACAUCAGGAGAAGAAUCAACUACAACUCCAUAUGAUAACACUGAUUUAUCUACAGAACCUUCAACUACAGAGUUAAUAGAAACAGAACCAGUUUCGAAAAAAUGCUUGGAUGAAUACUCUAAAUGUAAGAAAACAUCAACAUCGAUAUUGGAAAGUCUGUCUUGUUUAUUCUAUCUCGAAACAUGUUUAAACGAUAAAUGUUCAGCUGGAGAGUGUUUUUACGAUUUGAACGAGUGUUAUCAGAACUUUACAGGUUUUAAAACAUUGCUAAAAUGUCUUUAUCGAUGGAAUGAAUGUAUGAAAGACGAUUGUGUUUCUUAAAUACAAAAUACAAAUCAUUGUUACCAAGAAAAGAUUUAUGAAAACUUAUUUUA